AUGGCGCUGCCUGGUGGACUCUUUCAGGUAGUGUAUGAGGAAACUGGAAGGGUUUCAGAACAUGGCUUUAAUUAUGCAAAGAUGCUGGGGAAAAAAGCAGCAAAUAUCAUCUCCUCCGAGGGCCGGUUGCUCAAAAUAAACAGCAAACAGAAACCACCGGAUUUCAUCCCACAAUUUAUGACGGUGCUAGUGGGCCAUAUUGUAAAGCUUCAGCAGGAACAUGCUGACCUAAAGGACUCUGAGUUCCAGCAGACGCUGCGUUUAACUCCUCCCCUGGCUGGUCUUCCACCUGGAAUGGACAAAGACUGCUCUUGUCCUGACACGUCCACUCCACGCUGCAGGAGACAAGAGGCACAAGUUCAGCCAGCAGCGUAUGGCAGCAACGGGGAGGGUGGAGAAGGGCCGCAAGGGCCGCGCGCGCCAGCCGCCGGGGAGCGAGCGAGCGAGCGAGCGAGCCCGGGAGGAGGCGGCCGGAGCGAGCGAGGAGCUGCGCGUGUGGCGAGAGGGGAAGCCGCCGCCGCCGCCGCCCCCCCCCGCCGCCCGUCGCCUGCCCUUCGCGCCUCCCCGCCCGCCCCCCGCGGGAGCAGCACCACGUCGGCGCCGGCGGCCAAAGUCAGUAAACAGGAGCUCAACUCCAACCACGACGGGGCCGACGAGACCUCAGAAAAAGAGCAGCAGGAAGCGAUUGAACAUAUUGAUGAAGUACAAAAUGAAAUAGACAGACUUAAUGAGCAAGCCAGUGAGGAGAUUUUGAAAGUAGAACAGAAGUAUAACAUACUCCGCCAACCAUUUUUUCAGAAGAGGUCGGAAUUGAUCGCCCAAAUCCCCAACUUUUGGGUAACAACAUUUGUCAACCAUCCACAAGUGUCUGCGCUGCUUGGGGAGGAGGAUGAAGAGGCGCUGCAUUAUUUGACAAGAGUUGAAGUGACAGAAUUUGAAGAUAUUAAAUCGGGUUACAGAAUAGAUUUUUAUUUUGAUGAAAACCCUUACUUUGAAAAUAAAGUUCUCUCCAAAGAAUUUCAUCUGAAUGAGAGUGGUGAUCCAUCUUCAAAGGCCACUGAAAUCAAAUGGAAAUCUGGAAAGGAUUUGACGAAACGCGCAAGUCAAACACAGAAUAAAGCCAGCAGGAAGAGACAGCAUGAGGAACCCGAGAGCUUCUUCACUUGGUUCACUCACCAUUCGGAUGCUGGUGCAGAUGAGCUCGGCGAGGUCAUCAAAGACGACAUUUGGCCAAACCCAUUGCAGUACUACUUGGUUCCUGACAUGGAUGAUGAAGAAGGGGAAGGAGAAGAAGAUGACGACGAUGAUGAAGAGGAAGAAGGAUUGGAAGAUAUAGAUGAAGAAGGGGAUGAAGAUGAAGGUGAAGAAGAUGAAGAUGACGACGAGGGAGAGGAAGGAGAGGAGGAUGAAGGAGAAGAUGACUAACGGAACACUGACGGAUUCCAAUCUUUUUUAAUUUUCUCCAGUCCCUGGGAGCAAGAUGCAGUCUUUUUUCUUUUCUCUCCCC